UGCAGAGAAAUAAACUAGGGGCUCGGCCUUGGUUUUGAAGGUCUAGAUGCGGUAAAGAAAAGAAGAAAAAAAAAAACAGGUCACGGUGUAUCGCGGGUGUCGGUGCUGCUCAAUGCGUGCCAUAUAAGAACUGCCAUAACUGCCCAGGGCGGUUGGCAUGCUUAUACUUUGUUGCUCUUUUUUUUCCCUCACAAAUCACCUUUGGAAAACAGCGCGUAGUGUUUCUCAUCAUGAAGUCAUACGUUUUCUCACUUCUGGCAGCCUUGGCCGCAAGAGAGGUGCUGGGCCAUGCCACUUUCCAGCAGCUUUGGGUUGAUGGAGUUGACAUGGGAUCGCAAUGCGCGCGCCUCCCGCUGUCCAACUCGCCCGUGACAAACGUCGCGUCCAACGACAUUCGGUGCAACGCCAACUCGGGACCCGUUAGCCGCAAGUGCGCCGUCAACGCCGGCUCGACGGUGACGGUCGAGAUGCACCAGCAGAACGGCGACCGGUCGUGCAGCAACGAGGCCAUCGGCGGAGCCCACUACGGCCCCGUGGCCGUCUACCUGAGCAAGGUCGACAACGCUGCCACCAAUGACGGCUCCGGCGGGUGGUUCAAGAUCUUUCAGGACUCGUGGGCCAAGAAGUCCGGCAGCGGGUCUGGUGAUGACGACUACUGGGGAACCAAGGACCUCAACACCUGCUGCGGCAAGAUGAACGUCAAGAUCCCGUCCGACAUCGCCCCGGGAGACUACCUGCUCCGCGCCGAGGCGCUCGCCCUCCACGCCGCCGGAUCGUCCGGUGGUGGCCAGUUCUACAUUACGUGCUACCAAAUCACCGUCGCGGGCUCCGGGUCCGCCAGCCCCGCGACGGUGAGCUUCCCCGGCGCGUUUGCCCAGAACAACCCGGGUAUCCUGGUCAACAUCCACACGUCCAUGUCGAGCUACAGCAUGCCCGGCCCGGCCGUGUACAGCGGCGGCACCACCAAGGCGGCCGGCAGCGCCUGCACGGGUUGCGAGAGCACCUGCAAGGUCGGCAGCAGCCCCGUCGGCACCGCGCCCAGCACUCCGCAGCCGUCGUCCCCGUCGGGUGGCGGUGGUGGCGGCAGCGGCGGCGGCGGCGGCGGUGAUAGCGGGUGUACGGUUGCCAAGUACCAGCAGUGUGGCGGUCAGGGUUACACUGGCUGCACCACCUGUGCUUCCGGUUCGACCUGCAAGGAAGUUUCGCCUCCUUUCUACUCGCAAUGCAGCUAA